UACAGAGGGGUUGGGGAGAGCAGAGGGAGUAGGCAGAUUCAUCCUGUAGAGAUCUCUCCACAGCCUCAGAGAGAAGGAGGGAUAUUUUAAAAUACAGAGGAAGACAUACAUAUUUUUUUAAGGAGAGAGAGAGAGAGAAGUAAUGAUGAUUUAUGGAAGAGCUAGCCCUGGACACAGAGAAAAAGACGAGCUGACAGAAUAUUCCCAGAGAAAAACAACACAGUGAAAAGAUCAAGGAGAGGGAAAGAGGCACAGAAGGAGAGAGAGGAAGAAUCGAGAGAUGCAUGCAGUCAAUGAUACUCAUCUGAUGGUAAUCUCCUAAGUGUGUACAGAGCCACGCCCAAUACACAUGUCGCCAUAAUGUGACAGCGACUGUCUGACCACGGAGACCGUCACCUAGACAAUCCAAGAACACUAUAGAUUCCUACAGCACUGUAACCUGGCAACAGUAGAUUCCUACAGCGCUGUAACUUUGCAACAACACUGAGUCACCAUUGAACUGCCUCAGCUGAAUCGACUCCCAUAGAUCGACUCCUCUGAAUCAACUCCUCUCUGCUGUGAGGAUGCUGAGGGUGUCAAUGGUCCCACCGAAGAGGCAGCUAAUGCUGUGGGUGUGGGUGUCCAGUGCUCUAGUAGUCUAUUCCCUACCAUGGCGGGUCUCCUGCCCGGCAGGGUGUGUGUGUCAGAUCAAGCCCUGGUUCUCCCCCCAGUCAGUGUCCUGCGAGGCUUCUGCUGUGGACUGUAACAACCUGUUCCUAACCCAGCUUCCCUCCCCUCUGCCCCCAGACACACACACCCUCCGUCUGCAGAGUAACCUGCUGUCUUCCCUGGAGACACCACUCUUACACACACUCCUCAACCUCACUGAGCUGGAUCUGUCUCAGAACCGCUUCAGCAGUGUUAGAACCCUAACCUUAACCCAGCCCCAGACUGCCUCCCUGCCUUCCCUACUCUCCUUGCACCUGGAGGAGAACCAGCUCUGGUUCCUGCCCCCUGCCUCCUUCUCCUCCCUGCCUGCCCUACAGGAGCUCUUCCUCAGCCACAACCGGCUGACCUACCUGGCUCCUGGAGCAUUCUCUGGCCUGGGCUUCCUGCUGCGCCUGCAUCUCAACAGCAACCACCUGACCUCAAUUGAACCCCGCUGGUUCACUGCCCUGCCCCGUCUCCAGGUGCUGAUGCUGGGGGGAAAUCCAGUGGAGGUCCUCCCUGACCGAGGCUUCCAGGCCCUGGGGUCUCUACGCAGCCUGGUGCUGGGGGGCAUGGGGCUGAAAGGGCUGCCUGAGAGGGCCCUGGAGGGGCUGGACAGUCUGGAGAGCCUGUCCUUCUACGACAACCUCCUCACCAUCGUCCCCACACAGGCUCUGAGGAGGCUCCCGGUCCUGAAGUUCCUGGACCUGAACAAGAACCCUUUGAGUGUGAUUCAAACGGGGGACUUCAGGGACCUGGUGCACCUGACAGAGCUGGGUCUGAACAACAUGGAGGAUCUGGUGGCCAUCGAGAGAGCAGCCAUGGAGAACCUGCCUGAGCUCACCAAGCUGGAGAUCACCAACAACCCCCGGCUGUCCUACAUCCACCCCCAGGCCUUCCUUCGGCUGGGCAGGCUAGAAAGCCUGAUGCUCAACUCCAAUGCUCUGAGUGCUCUGCACCAACACACUGUCCUGUCUCUGCCCAGCCUGAGGGAGGUCAGCCUGUACUCCAACCCCCUCCGCUGUGACUGCCUGUUCCGCUGGGUGGCUGAGGAGCACACACACACAGAUACACAGAUGCCGCAGGCUGUGAGGUUUAUCCAGCCCCAGGCCACGUUGUGCUCUGAGCCUCUAGAGCUGAGGGCUCGCAGGGUGAGGGAGGUGUCAAUAACAGAGAUGUCAGCCUCCUGCCUACCCCUCAUCCCCCCUGGCAUCCUUCCCUCCUAUAUGGGGGUGAGAGAGGGGGAGAGGCUGGCUCUGCACUGUCGCGCCCUGGCAGAGCCUCAGCCCACAAUCUAUUGGGUCACUCCUUCUGGAAUGAGACUAGGACCAUCCAACCACACCCACAGCUCCAAGCCUGCAUCCAGCCCCAGCUCCAAGCCUGCAUCCAGCACCAGCUCCAAGCCUGCAUCCAGCCCCAGCUCCAAGCCUGCAUCCAGCACCAGCUCCAAGCCUGCAUCCAGCCCCAGCUCCAAGCCUGCAUCCAGCCCCAGCUCCAAGCCUGCAUCCAGCACCAGCUCCAAGCCUGCAUCCAGCCCCAGCUCCAAGCCUGCAUCCAGCACCAGCUCCAAGCCUGCAUCCAGCCCCAGCUCCAAGCCUGCAUCCAGCACCAGCUCCAAGCCUGCAUCCAGCCCCAGCUCCAAGCCUGCAUCCAGCACCAGCUCCAAGCCUGCAUCCAGCCCCAGCUCCAAGCCUGCAUCCAGCCCCAGCUCCAAGCCUGCAUCCAGCACCAGCUCCAAGCCUGCAUCCAGCCCCAGCUCCAAGCCUGCAUCCAGCCAGACAUCCUCUUACCAUUCCCCCUCACCCAGCCCAGCAUCUGGUAAUGCCUCUGUCCUCUUGUACAGCCUCACCCCUUCCUCUCCCUCCUCCCCUGCCUACCGGCUACUGCCAGAGGGGACAUUGGAGAUUGUCAUGGUGACGGCCCGGGAGGCGGGUCUGUACACCUGUGUGGCUGAGAAUACACUGGGGGCCGACACUCACAGUGUGACUGUAGGGGUGCAGGGACGAGGGAGGGGGGGGUUGAGGCACCGGAUGUUGGAGUGGAGAGGAUAGGGGUUGAAGGAGAGGGUUUUGAGGGAGGUCAGGGCAAAGGUAAAGACAGCAAGCAAGCACACACAAAUAAAGUCUAGCUAUAUAAAUAAUUUAUGAUAUAAAACACAUAAUAAAACACACACACACACACGUACUUGCAGUCCAACGUUUCCGUCGAUAACGUGUUAUAGGAUAGAUAUAGCUACCGCUCCUGGCCGCGGUGCCAUUGUAGGUGGUUGUGGAGCCCGAUCCGGGAGCCACAUGUCCUGCCGCAGCUGGGACAUGUUAGUGCUGAAUCUAGAGCUGCUUGUGGGAGUGGUUGAGAGCAUUGGGGCCUGUAAAUAGAACAUAUGACAUGGCAGUGGUGUACAAUCAGAUGUCUAUUUAUUUUACAGUAUAUAUGCAUACACAUUGACAUUGUUUGUGUUUGUAUAAAGCAGUACUUAACAUAGAGAAAAUAACUGACCCUGCUUUCUAUCCCCAGAACCUAUCCACCUAACCCUAACCCAGCGACUGAACUUCAAGAGAGGAGUCUCACCCUCUUCAGAUACACUAGGGCACAGGCAUUUUCUAAA